AUGCCAACCAGUGUUUCUUUCACUCCCCAAACUGGCAUUCGAAUGGUCCAGGCUAUCCAGCCUCAACCAGGGCAACAAUUUGUCAUUGCGCAAGGCGGCCAGCAAAUUCAGCAUCCCGUGAUGUAUCUCCAACAAGCGAAUGAUCAGGAAGCACUGCGAAUUGCACGGGACUUGUUGACUGCUUUACAGCUGGACGGUGGAGGUGGUGGUGGCAUGUCAGAUUCGUCCAGUGAAGAAGAGGAGGUGGACGAUGACGAUGAUCCCAUUCGACGCAUUGCUGACAGGAUCGGCGACGGCCAGAUUGAAGACGGUGAACAAGCUAUAGUUGAGGAAGAUCCACUGAAUUCGGGCGACGAUCAAAGUGAUGAUGAAGAUUUGGAAACAUUGUUUGAUGCCGAUAAUGUCAUUCAUGUUGUUCAGUUGAAAAAGGUCCACCGUGCUCGAAGCAAGUGGAAAUUCCAGCUGAAGGACGGGAUCAUGCACAUUGACAACAAAGACUACUGCUUUCAGAAAUGCAGCGGAGAAGCUGAAUGGUGA